CCGACGGGUCAUUAAGUAUGGAUAGAAAAAGUUUUAAAAGAGGUAAAGAGUUACCCCACGAAGAACUUUGGAGAAAGGUAGGAAGUGGCUUAUAUAUAGUACAAACCAGAACGUUGUCUUCAUUCUUCUCCUGCUGCUGUACGAGUUCUCGCGAAAAGAUGAAAGUUUCCGUCGUGCUCUUGGUAACCUUCUUCGGGAUCAGCUUUGCUGCGGAUCAACACAAACGGGGAUCCGAGGAAUACAAUUCAAGUACGGGAAAACCUGCAUCUUCUUCAGCCCAAGAAACGACAUCAACCCAAGAUGGUGGCAAGUACCCGCAACAACCUAGUUAUGUUUUCCAGAGUAAAGCACAAACUUAUACUCCACCACAAUUUAAUUACAUCGUACCACAAACUUAUAAAUAUAUUCCUCAACCGAAUUUGGCACAGAUAACUUAUGUCCCACAACAAUCUCAAUCUCAACAGUUACAACAUCAACAGUUACAAAAUCAACAAUUACAAUCUCAACAAUUACAAUCCCAACAAUUACAAUCGCAACAAUUACAUGAACGAUUACAAAAACAGCAACAAGUUUAUCAACCUGCACAACAAACCGUUCAAUAUGCGACGUUACAAAACUCAGCUGCUAUUAAAACAGUUCCUGCUCCACAAAAGUUGACUUACACACAUGAGCAACCUCAAGUCUCGACUCAACAACAGCAACAACAACACCAUCCGAUUCAAUAUUCCUCAGCAGCUGAUGUUUCCAGUUUUAAAUUUCAAAGUCCUCUGGUUACUUAUUCAAACCUAGGAGUUUUGCAACAAUCGAUUGGAAAAGGAGCCGAACAACCAUCAUCAAGACAAUUUCCUCAUCAAACUGCCCAACAAACUUACCAAGUACCAACUCACCAUCAAUCAGCUCAGCAACAACCAGCCCAACCACAACAACAACAACAACAAACUUAUUAUCAACAACCUCAAUUUGUUUAUAAACCAGGAAAAGUCGAACUUCCUCAAGUAACGUAUCCAAGUCAACAAGAAAAAUUGCAAAUUUAUAGCCAAGCGCCGCAAACGUUCCAAACGGCGUCAAAACAACCUCAGCAAGUUGUUUAUCAACAGGUGGGGACACCGAAACAGGCGGCUUCUAUUCCGCAACAGCUCGUUUACGCCGUCCCACAACAAUACACUGUGCAAUAUGUCCAACAGGAAGCGCAUAGUGUCCCACAACCGCAAUAUGUAAACGCUCCACAGUAUCAGUACGUACAGGGUUAUCACCAACAAAUAGCUGAAUAAUUAAGAGUAAAACGAUUUUUUUUUAAGUUUUUUUUUAUUGUAAAUAAGUGUUGUGAGUAAUUGUAACCUAGUCUUUAAUAUUUUUUCCCUUCUGUGCUGAUUAAUUAUAGUCAAUGAUUUUUUUUGUAUUAAAAUGCUGAGAAUUUAA